UCCACGCCUCAUUCAACUCUAUCUGUGGAGUGUGGAGAAGCCCCCUCUAGCCAGUAUGUGAGCAGGAGGGUCAAAGGCAAAGGGAAAGUUAAUAAUGCCUGCUAAUGGUACCAACCAUUCAGGACGAAUCUUGCCAAAAGUUUUUCUGGAAGUGUGGGUCUUUGAUUGUGUGUUUCCUGAAAGCAAGACCAAUCAUUUCCGUUUAUUCGCUCGCUAAACCCCUACUUGAUUGGGGACAAGGACAGAAACCAUCCAUUACGAUCUGAUAUAUUAUCCAAACAAUUUAGUGUAUUCAUGAGGUAACCGAAACGUGGGGGCUGCGAAAUUACCCGUAAUCAAUUGCAACAGCGAGCGUGCGUCCCCCCCGGGUGUCGGACAAGCACAACUCGCGCCUCAGUAGCAGGCGGGAGCCUCGGCGUGUCGGAGCUGCGCUGCUCGCUACCUGCUCUCCGGGCUGGGGACACUGGACGUGCUCGAGAGGACGCGGGUGCUGACGAGGCGGCCGCGCCGCUGCUGCACCGGGAUCUUGGACCAGCCCCGCCGCCUCUCGGCGAGCGCGCCACUCGCCGGUCGCCACUGACCCUGCCGCGGCAGCCUCGGCCACCCUGCCGGGACAUUCAUUCUCGCCUCUCGCCUCUCUCCGGGCCGGGCGUAGGGGCUGCAUUGCAGGGGUCUUGUCCCCCACUCUGCCUGUUCUUCUUCCUUUUUUUUUUCUUUCCUUUUUUUUUUUUGUUUGUUUCUCUUGCUUCUCCCAUGUUCGGGAAAACAGACAAAAUGGACGUUCGGUGCCACACGGACGCAGAGGCUGCCCGGGUCUCCAAGAACGCGCACAAGGAGAGCCGGGAGAGCAAGGGCGCGGAGGGGAACCUCCCUGCCGCCUUCCUCAAGGAGCCGCAGGGCGCCUUCCCGGCGUCGGGCGCCACGGAAGAUUGCAACAAAAGUAAAUCCAAUUCCUCGGCAGACCCGGAUUACUGCCGCCGGAUCCUGGUCCGAGAUGCCAAGGGGUCCAUCCGAGAGAUCAUCCUGCCCAAGGGCCUGGACCUGGACCGGCCCAAGAGGACGCGCACGUCCUUCACGGCGGAGCAGCUCUACCGGCUGGAGAUGGAGUUCCAGCGCUGCCAGUACGUGGUGGGCCGAGAGAGGACCGAGCUCGCCCGGCAGCUCAACCUCUCCGAGACCCAGGUGAAGGUCUGGUUCCAGAACCGGCGCACGAAACAGAAGAAGGACCAGGGCAAGGACUCGGAGCUGCGCUCGGUGGUGUCGGAGACGGCGGCCACGUGCAGCGUGCUGCGGCUGCUGGAGCAGGGCCGCCUGCUUUCGCCGCCAGGCCUGCCCGCUUUGCUGCCGCCGUGCGCCACCGGCACGCUCGGCUCAGCGCUACGAGGGCCCAGUCUACCCGCCCUGGGCGCGGGGGCGGGCGCCGCCGCAGGCUCGGCCGCCGCUGCCGCCGCUGCCACCGCCCCGGGACCUGCCAGCGCAGCAUCCCCGCACCCGCCGGCAGUGGGCGGUGCCCCGGGGCCCGGGCCCGCCGGGCCAGGGGGACUGCACGGAGCCGCGCCGGCUGCGGGCCACGGCCUCUUCAGCCUACCCGUGCCCUCGCUGCUCGGCUCGGUUGCCAGCCGCCUGUCCACCCCGUUGACAAUGGCUGGUUCGCUGGCCGGGAACUUGCAAGAACUCUCCGCCAGGUACCUGAGCUCCUCGGCCUUCGAGCCUUACUCCCGGACCAACAAUAAAGAAGGGGCCGAGAAAAAAGCGCUGGACUGAUUUUAAGUAUUUCCCUGUAUUUAUAUUUAUAGUAUCUAUUGUGGUGAUAUUUAUGGACUCGCGCGCGUUCGGCGCCCGGGGCUCCUGCGCUGGGCUCCCCGCGCCCACAAGGCCUGUGACAGCUCUCCUUCCCCACCGGACUCUGCUACCGAUUUUAUCUCCUUUGGGCUGUUUUUUUUUCUUCUUCCUUUCCUACGCGUUCUCCCUUCCCCCAAACUCCCUCUGAAUCCAGGAGAAUCCAAAGAAUUGGGGGAAAGGCUCCGGUUAGUCAACCUGAUGCCCCAACCAAUGCCGGGCCCUGGAGGGAAAAGACCGGUCGGUCCUAAGUCCAGCGCACCGGACACCUGCUCUCUGUUGCCGUUGAUUAGUCUGAUGAAUAUUUGAAGGAGGAAAGCUGCACACAGACUCCACGGGCUGAAAAGGCUGGCACGGGUUUUUUUUUUUUUUUUUUUCUUUUUUUAGACAAAAAGGGAGUACCUUCCUUCUUGCCAGAGAAACCAGGGCUUUGGGGAGCCCCUGGUCCCCGCUUGGCGGACCUCUCCGGCGGGCCGGUGCCCAGGCAGCUUCCUGGCUGGACAAAUUCUGAAGAGCUUUCUUCCCUUUAGAGAAACUCCAAUCACAGCCGCCUCCCGGGCUUAUUGGCCCCAGGAGACA